GUUGGGGAAACCCCAUCCGGGUCGUUGUGAUGGACGCCCCCAUGACACACAUCAACAUGAAAUAUUUAUCACAUCUAUUUUAGGUUUCCAUGUUAUAUGUAGUUCUCUGACAGACAAAAAUGGGAACCCCAGUAAAAGAUGUGACAAUACCAGACAGUGCCCUGAGGUCCCUCAUUCUACAGAAACAUUGUGAUUAUAUAGCUUCAUAUGGGACUAAGAAAGAUGAUUAUGAGUAUUGUAUCACAGAGUAUCUACGUAUGAGUGGAAUGUACUGGGGUCUAACAGUUAUGGAUAUGAUGGGACAACUUGACAGAAUGAACAAAGAUGAAGUUAUACAGUUUAUACAGCAAUGUCAACACGAGUGUGGGGGAAUUGGUGCCAGCGUGGGUCAUGACCCUCAUUUGCUUUAUACUCUUAGUGCUGUGCAGAUUUUGACCUUGUAUGAUGCUACAGAUACAAUAAAUGUAGACAAAGUUGUGGACUAUGUCAAGAACCUACAGCAGGAUGAUGGGAGUUUCUAUGGUGAUAAAUGGGGGGAAGUUGACACCAGAUUUUCAUUUUGUGCUGUGGCCUGUUUAGCGUUAUUAAAAAGACUUGAUGCAAUAGACAUAGAACAUGCAGUAGAGUUUGUGUUAACCUGUAUGAACUUUGAUGGUGGGUUCGGCUGUAGACCAGGAAGUGAAUCUCAUUCAGGACAAAUAUAUUGUUGUGUUGGAAUGUUAGCCAUUGUAGGACAACUUCAUCAUAUUAAUGCAGAUUUGUUGGGUUGGUGGUUGUGUGAGAGACAACUGCCCUCUGGUGGACUGAAUGGUAGACCAGAGAAAUUACCUGAUGUUUGUUAUUCCUGGUGGGUUUUAGCCUCACUUAAAAUUAUAGGAAAAAUACACUGGAUUGAUAAGGCUAAACUAACAAAAUUUAUUCUGGCAUGUCAAGAUGACGAGACUGGAGGGUUUGCAGACAGACCUGGAGAUAUGGUUGAUCCAUUCCACACGUUAUUUGGCAUAGCUGGACUAUCACUGUUAGGAGAAGAUAAAAUAAAACCUGUUAACCCUGUGUUCUGUAUGCCUGAGGAAGUCAUAAGAGGGAAUGGGAUACAGUUAGAACUUUUGUGAUAUUUAUAUACCAUGCUCAGGACUUUUAAACAAAAACAGAUCUUUUUAAUAAGCCAAAUUGGCAAUGAAUUAAAGAAUAAAAUUAACAAAAUUGCACAACAUUGGAGAAAAAAUGUUUCUGAAAUUGCACAACAUUGGAGGUCUGCAGUGGGAAAUUAAAUGUGUUACUGCAAAUGAUAUUACCAAUAAAAAAACGGUAUACUGAAAGAGCAUGUGUUUAUGUAAGAAAGUGUUCCUCAAAAAAAACCGAUUACGCAUAAAUGUAUAAGUAGUGCUGAAAGACAUUAAAUGUGCUAGGAGUGCUGAAAGGGAGAUAAUUAUUUGAAAUAAUUGCAUGACAUAUGAAUUAAGAUGUUCUUAAUUAUAGUACUUUUAAAUUAUUAUACAACCAAGGGAACUUGGAAAUACAUUUGUACAAUCUUGAUGGUACAUGUAAUAACAUUAAAUUAAAAUAUGGAUACUUUAAUUUUGAAAUUGAAUUUUGAUCAUCUAUCUUUGAUAGAAAAAAUCAUGAAGAAAAUUUAAGAUUUAAAUUAUGUCUUCAAGUAAAAUUUUUGUAUGCAUAGUACAAACUCAAAUUUCGGUUUUAAUCUUCUGUAUUUUUUAUUAAAUUUUAAGUUGGGGUAUCUGUUGAGUUAUUGUCCAGGGAAACUUGUUUAAGUAUUUCAGUUAUGCACUGUGUGCAUUUGUUCACAAAAACCUAUUUUAUACUAAAAUUAGCAUAUUAUUAUGUGUCAUAUGUUAUAGUUGGAUUUAGACAUAAUUACACCUUUGUGCCAUAUAUAUGUCUAAUGUAAAUAUGAAAAACCAAACCAUCCUUUUACAAAAAAUUCUCCUCUGAAACUACCAAAUUUAACCAAACUUUACCAACAAUCAUUAUUAGGGUAUCUAGUUUUAAAGAUGUGUACGGUGACUCGGCCAACCAACCAAGAUGGCUGCCAUGGCUUAAAAUAGAACAAUGGGGAUAAAUGUAGAUUUUGGCUUGUAACUCUGAAACCAAAGCAUUUAGAGCAAAUCUGUUCAGGGUCAAAUUGUUUUUCUAUAAUUCUAUUGGUUAAUUUGAAAAUAUUGAUAUGCUGUUAUUUAUUUAUUGUGAGUGAAUGUAAAAGUACAUUGUAAUGAAUAAUGCCAAGGCUCCGUGUUGAAGGCCGUACUUUAACCUAUAAUGUUUUAAUUUUUGAAUUGUUGUUUGGAUGGAGAGUUGUCUCAUUGGCACUCACACCACAUCUUCCUAUAUCUAUUCACUUGAAUGUAUGUAAUGGUUAACUGACAUCAUACUUUCAUAUUAGUAAAGAUUUUAAAUAAUUGGUAUAAUAUUUUGUGAGGAUAAUCAGCAUAGCCAUGCAUACAUGCAGAUCAGAUCUGUGUUGUGUGAAGACUUUUGAAAUAGCAAAGGGUACUUUAAAAACUGAUGACAUGGCUGAUAGUCUCAUUCAGUAAAAAUAAUAUAUGUUUUAGAAACAGUAGCAUAUAAUUAAAUGUUGCUUUAAAAAUGUUAAAGUAACCAUUAUUUACAUCCUAAGUACUAUUUUAUUUCAUGUACAAAAUGAACUCUAAUUCAAUGCAUGCAAAUUAUAAAAUGCUGUCUGUAGUGAAUAUGAAUUCAGCUAAAUCAAACUUUAAAUGAUUUUACU